GCGUUGCACAGACGCGCGCUGGAUCUGCUGGGCGUUUGUGCUGAUGGCGAGGUGAAAUCAGGGUCCUCAUUUCCUGGGUUGUGAUUGGCUCGUCUCCUCCCCUUCCUCCAUUCUCAUUGGCUAUCUGAGAUUACGUCCUGUGUUAGUCUGCCAGUCACAGUAAAGCGGGCGAGAACAUGGAGCCCAUUUAUGCCUCAGGAAUGGCAGCAAAGCUGCGGAGUCAGUGGGACCGGGGUGCAGGUUUGGGACAGAACCACAAUGCCAUGAAGUACUUAGGCCAAGAUUAUGGUUCACUCAGGGCCCAAUGCCAAAAGACCAGCACCCUGUUUGAAGACCCUCUGUUCCCAGCCAGCACCUCUUCUCUGGGAUUCGAUGAGUUGAGUUCACAAUCCUACAAGAUGUAUGGUGUGCGGUGGAUGAGACCGAAGGAGAUUUGUAAGAGUCCCCAGUUCAUCAUCGAUGGAGCGACUCGUACUGACAUCUGUCAGGGAGCUCUGGGGGACUGCUGGUUGCUGGCGGCCAUCGCGUCUCUGACUCUAAACGAGGAGCUCCUGCACCGCGUGGUGCCACAGGGACAGAGCUUUGACACCGGCUACGCUGGAAUAUUUCACUUUCAGUUCUGGCAGUUCGGCGAGUGGGUGGAAGUGGUGAUUGACGACCGGUUGCCCGUGAAGGAUGGGACGCUGUUGUUCGUUCACUCGGACGAGGGAGGAGAGUUCUGGAGCACUCUGCUGGAGAAGGCCUACGCCAAGUUGAACGGCUGUUAUGAGGCUCUGCAGGGCGGCAGCACGUGUGAGGCCUUUGAGGAUUUCACAGGAGGAGUCUCCGAGGUGUACAAGUUAAAGAAAGCUCCCGCUGACCUCUUCAGCAUCAUCGGCCGAGCCAUCGAGAGAGGAUCACUGCUGGGCUGCUCCAUAGAUAUCUCCAGUGAGUUUGACAUGGAGGCGGUGACCUUCAAGAAGCUGGUCAAAGGUCACGCGUACUCGGUGACCGGAGCAGAAGAGGUGUUGUACAGAGGGAUCAGGACUAAACUGAUGCGCAUCAGGAACCCGUGGGGUGGAGUGGAGUGGACGGGAGCCUGGAGUGACAACUCUCUGGAAUGGGACCACAUAGACGGCACGACCCGGGGCAGAUUACAUAACCGCAGCGAGGACGGAGAGUUCUGGAUGUCGUUCAUAGAUUUCCUGCAUGAGUUCAGUCAGUUGGAGAUCUGUAACCUGACGGCCGACGCUAUCGCUGAGAGUCAUUUGAAGAAGUGGAGCACGUCACUGUAUCACGGCGAGUGGAGGAGAGGAAGCACGGCCGGCGGAUGCAGGAACUUCCCAGCCACGUUCUGGAUCAACCCUCAGUUCAAGGUGACCCUCGAACACCCAGAUUCCCCCGACCAGUCGGCGUGCAGCUUCCUGGUGGCGCUGAUGCAGAAGGACCACAGGAAGAAGCGGAGAGAAGGACAGGACAUGGAGACCAUUGGAUUCGACAUUUUUGAGGUCAGCACUCGGUUCAUGGGGAAGUCAGGUGUUCAUCUGAAGGAGGAUUUCUUCCUGAAUCACAAGUCCAGAGCUCGCUCUGGGCCCUUCCUUAACCUGCGCGAGGUGAGCUCACGCUUCCAGCUGCCCGCCGGCGAGUACAUCAUCGUACCCUCCACAUUCGAGCCGCAGAAAGAGGGCGACUUCGUGCUCCGAGUUUUCUCUGAGAAACCUGCCAACUCCGAAGAAAUGGAUGAUAAAGUCACAGCUGAUAUUCGUGAAGAGCAACGUCUGGACGAGAGUCAUAUUGACGCCGGGUUUAAGAGUCUCUUCCUACAGCUGGCCGGAGAGGACAUGGAGAUCAGCACAACGGAGCUGCAGACCAUCCUGAACCGAAUCAUCAGCAAACAUAAAGAUGUAAAGACUGAUGGGUUCUGUAAGGAGUCGUGCCGCAGCAUGGUCAACCUCAUGGACACGGACGGCAACGGGAAGCUCGGACUCGUGGAGUUUCACGUGCUGUGGGAAAAGAUCAAACACUACCUGCAAAUCUUCAGAGAGCAUGACUGGGAUAAAUCUGGCACUAUGAGCUCUUAUGAGAUGAGAAAAGCUCUGGACGCAGCAGGUUUUAAGCUGAACAAUCAAUUAUUCCAGCUGAUCAUCUUUCGGUACUCGGAGGAAGAUCUGUGUGUGGAUUUCGACAACUUUGUCACCUGUUUAGUGCGACUGGAGACCAUGUUCAAGACCUUCAAGGCGCUGGACACAGACGCUGAUGGAUUCAUAUCGCUCACCUUCUUUCAGUGGAUCUCUCUGACCAUGUUUGCCUGAAGUGAACAGGUUUUCUCCGUUUGUCUGCACUGAGACUGUCUUGGCUUCAGCAGUCCUGCCAUCUGAAGAGUGCCUUCCUUUUUACACUUCUGUAAUGUAUUUCUGAGGGUUAAACAGCCUUGAUAAAGCAACCCUGUUUACACUGGGCCAAACGCAUCUCUAAAGCCAAGAGAAAACCAUUUGCAGUACGCCUUAGCAUUUGUGGAUCAAGCUGCAUGUAAACUCGUUUACACCUUUCUGUGCCUGUUUCAAUCAAUCUUUAUUUUGUUCCUUCAAUAUUUCAUGUUCAUGAGCUGCGUAUCUUUCCGUGAAUGUCUUAUUUGAAUGUUGUAGGCAUAAGGAAUGCUGUAUUAGCAUGUAGAUCGAACCCAGCUUGACUUAAUGCAUGUGAUUUGGGUCGGACUGAAUUUCAUGCAUGCAGCUUUUUUAUGAGACCAACUUCUUAAGAUGAACUGAAAAACUAUAGGA